AUGGUAAUAUUUUGCAAUGCAACUAAGAACUACGAGAAUAUUCUGGGUGAUCCGCAGAGUCGGGAAACAGCUCCCAACUACUGGAUGAUGAUUGCUACAGGUCACUACAGAGUAUUUAAACACAAGGUGCUGCGGACAUGUAAUAAUGUGGUACAAAUGUCAGAAAAUGUGCACGGGAAUAACUACACACCUAGUGAGGCUAGUUCAGAUGGACAGGACACGGGAUGGACAAGUGCGCGCGAAGUGCGAUCGGCCGAUGCGAUGUCCGAAGGUCCGAUGCGCCAGAUCCAAUAUGGAGUGGCUCGGACAUGUGCGAAAGUGCAUCGGACAUAUGCGCAUAUGUUUUGGGUGUUGAUUUGUCCUCUGGAAGAUGUUGGUGCUUUGGGACCACCCUGGACAUUGACCAGUAAUUGA